AUGGAUCGACUGCUCCACACAGUGUUGGCGAAUCGUCCUCUCUGGGCACCCUCAGUUCCCCUCCCUCAAGUGCCUGCUAGGCGCCAAUAUCACCUCUCUGGGCGACCGCUUGUCGACUCGUGGUCAUCUCUAACGAAGAUGCAAGAGUCUGUUAUACAAUGGCCGCUUGGCUUGAAUGGCAAGGAUACAGUUGGCGCGGGCAUCACGGCCAUUGUCGCGCGUCUUGAUGCUGUUGUAAAGUUCUGUGGACCUUCGCAAUUGCACCUCCUAGAUCGGGAGAAGGCCAUCUAUCAGCGCCUUGGUCGCGACCAUAGUGGCAUCGUUCGAUACUUUGGCGUCCUGGAAAAUGCCAUCAUCUUGCAGUUUGCGAGCCAGACAUCUAUUAGGCAAUACCUUGCAAGGCACAGGAAACAGGUUCCGCUUUCUCUCAAGCUUCGUUGGGUUGAACAACUUUUCGACGCCGUGCGGUUUAUCCAUUCAAGAAGCGUGUUACAUGGCGACAUAUCCUGCAACAACGUUUUCCUUGAUGACGAUCUCAAUAAUAAGUUGGGUGACUUCGCCGGGUCUGCCAUUGACGACCUUCCACCACUCGUCUGUUAUGAGACCAGUCACGAACUUCCUGGUGCAGAUAUCUCGACGAGGACUGAACUCUUCGCCCUCGGCUCUACUACUUAUAAGAUAAUGACCGGAUCGAAGCCUUACGAGGAUCUACAAGACCAUGAAGUAACUGCUGCUUUCUUUGAAGGUCGCUAUCCUGAUUUACAGUCCAUCUCUACCUUCAGGAAUACAAUCAUGAACUGUUGGAGUAUUUGACCGCUGAAGAAGCCCUUCACGAUGUGAAACUAGAGGUCGCUACUAUCAAAGAGACACAUAUAACCAGCUUCCACGCCUUUCUCCUCAGCCACAAAUCAAUAUUGUUCCCCUUCCUCCUUACUGCUGUCUCCCUGGUUCCUUUUGUAGGCUGGGUAAGGCGCUGGAGAUUACUUCCAUAAUGCUUAUCAGCAAGGCCCAUGGUCAAUGUCUUCCCCAAACUCACCUGGCUGAUUAGAGGCGGACAGUGCGGGCAGUGGCCUAACUGUUUAGAGGACCCAGUCACAAUCACAUUCCCGCUCAGGUCCUUGACUGGAGUAGCGUCUGGGCAAUGGUGCCCGUUUAGUUUGGCCUUGGUGCAUUCAUCCCAUUCCCGAACGGGUUGAAUAUGACAAGCUCUACAUUUGCUGUAGUAGAACGAUUCGUCGAAGUAAUGGCACAUUUUGAUUAUGAAGAAUGGAUUCGAGGCUAAAACUGUAUUGGGGUCUCGGUUGUUAAACCUGACUUGAACCCAAGGCAUGGAAUAAAUAAUUCUCGAGAUGUAAAAUGAGGCAUUACCUUAUUAUACCUGAAGUCACCCUGCUGCCUAAAUUCACC